UGAUUGAAUACUUGUUACUCUUCUUUACACAGCAAAUAAAAAAAUGAAGUAUAGAUCUACUCGUGGACAAGCCAAAAACUACAGCUUUGAAGAAGCUGUCAUGACGGGCCUUGCUCCCGACGGUGGUUUGUUUAUUCCUCAAGCCAUUCCUAAAUUACCUGACAACUGGCGUCAGGAUUGGUCUCAGUACACCUUCCAGCAGUUGGCUGCCAGUAUCUUGUCUUUGUACAUUGACUCAUCUGAAAUCCCUCGAGAAGAUCUUGAAACCCUUAUCAAUCGCUCUUAUUCAACCUUCAGAUCAAGUGAUGUCACACCCUUGGCCAAGAUUAAAGACGGAUUCUAUGUGUUGGAACUAUUCCAUGGCCCAACCUUUGCCUUUAAGGAUGUCGCUCUUCAAUUUGUUGGCAACCUCUUUGAAUACUUUUUAGAAAGACGCAAUAGACAAGAACCCGCCGGUGGAAAAACUCAUCGCCUUACUGUUGUUGGUGCUACUUCUGGUGAUACCGGAAGUGCUGCCAUCUAUGGCCUUAGAAACAAAAAGAAUGUCUCUGUCUUUAUCCUUCAUCCUCGUGGAAGAGUCAGUCCUAUUCAAGAAGCACAAAUGACAACCGUUUUGGAUGCUAAUGUCCACAACUUGGCCGUCGAAGGUACAUUCGAUGACUGUCAAGAUAUCGUCAAGAUCUUGUUUGGUAACAAGGAAUUCAAUGACCGUCAUCACUUGGGUGCUGUCAAUUCUAUCAAUUGGGCUCGUAUCUUGGCACAGACAGUUUACUAUUUCCAAGCUUACUUUUCCCUUCUUCGCUCUUUAAAUAUCGAUCCCGCAUCUCCUGAAGCUGAAUCCAUCAAGUUUGAUUUCUCUGUUCCUACUGGUAACUUUGGUGAUGUCUUGGCUGGUUACUAUGCCUAUCGUAUGGGUCUUCCCGUUAACAAGCUGUUGAUUGCUACCAAUGAAAAUGAUAUUCUUUAUCGCUUCUUCCGCUCACACGCAUAUGAAAAACAGACCGGCGGUGAUGGUGCUGUUAAGGCUACCUUAUCUCCUGCUAUGGAUAUCUUGGUAUCAUCUAACUUUGAGCGUUUAUUAUGGUACUUGGCUCGCGAAACAGAGGCAGAUGAAGGACAGACAGAGAAUGAGGAACUCUGUGAUAAGGCAGGACAAACAGUCGCCAGAUGGAUGCAAGAGUUGAAGGAAAAAGGUGUAUUCAAGGUAUCUGAUCAAGCUGUCAUCAAGGCACGUCAAAUAUUUGAUGCUAGCCGUGUCACGGAUGAAGAGACAUCAGCUACUAUUCGUGCCUAUUACGAACCUACAGAUAAACAGGUGAAGCCUUAUGUACUUGAUCCUCAUACAGCUGUUGGUGUUGCAGCAGCUGAUGAAUUCAUUGAACGUGAACAGCUCAAGACAUAUCCUAACGGGUCGCAUACCUUGAUUUGUUUGGCUACUGCUCAUCCUGCAAAGUUCUCUGAAGCUGUUGAAAACUCCUUAAAGUCAAAUCCCCACUUCAACUUUGAAAAGGAUAUCUUACCAAGCGAAUUUGUUGGCUUAUUAGACAAGGAACGUAGAGUCACAUUUGUUGAACGACCAGAACCACAGUUAGUCAUGGAUGUUAUUGAAAACGAGUUACAUAAAGAAGGUAUCUCAUUCUAGACUGUUGAUAUUACUAAUAUUAUUAUUGCCAUUACUGCUGCUUGUACCAUUCAAAUAAAUAUGCAUUAGAAAAAGAAAAGGGAUUUUAUUGUUUUUGUUGCUGACGAGGUGCAGGUGAUUCUUUAGCACCAAGAGGAACAUCGUCAUCUUCAUCAUCAUCUUCAUGUACACUGUUGGUAAAACGAGAAUUAGCAAACAUUUGAGAUUGG